UCUCUCUCUUUCCUCGUUGCCUUCCCCUUCCCCUUCCCCCUGCCCGCCCGCCCGCCCGGGCUCCCCCCGCUCGACGCGCGCCGUUUUGGUGCAAUGCGAAUUAUCGGCCGGCUGCAGGCGGGCGGGCGGCCCGGCCUCCCCCGCCCAUCGCCAUAACAACCCGCACGCCCAUGUGCCCGGCCCCGGCCCCGGCCCCGGCCCGCAGCCCCGCGCGGCAAGCGGAGGAAGAGGAAGCGGCAGCAGCCGGCGCCAUGGCCCGCGAGACCGGCGAGGACAGCUCGUCCUGGAAGAAGCCGGCCGAGGACAUCAAGAAGAUUUUCGAGUUCAAGGAGACGCUGGGGACGGGUGCAUUUUCUGAAGUCGUUUUGGCUGAAGAGAGAGCAAGUGGAAAACUAUUCGCAGUCAAGUGCAUUCCCAAGAAAGCACUGAAGGGGAAGGAAAGCAGCAUAGAGAACGAAAUUGCAGUCUUGAGAAAAAUCAAGCAUGAAAAUAUUGUUGCUUUGGAAGAUAUAUAUGAGAGUCCAAACCACUUAUAUCUGGUUAUGCAACUUGUGUCCGGGGGUGAGCUUUUUGACCGCAUAGUGGAAAAAGGAUUUUACACGGAGAAAGAUGCUAGCACUCUGAUACGGCAGGUCCUGGAUGCUGUAUUCUAUCUGCACAGAAUGGGCAUCGUGCACAGAGAUCUCAAGCCGGAGAAUCUGCUUUACUACAGCCAGGAUGAAGAAUCCAAAAUCAUGAUCAGUGACUUUGGAUUGUCCAAGAUGGAGGGUAAAGGAGAUGUCAUGUCUACAGCAUGUGGCACCCCAGGAUAUGUUGCUCCUGAAGUCUUGGCCCAGAAGCCCUACAGUAAAGCAGUGGACUGUUGGUCCAUCGGGGUCAUUGCUUACAUUCUGCUCUGUGGAUAUCCUCCCUUCUAUGAUGAAAAUGACUCCAAGCUUUUUGAGCAGAUUCUCAAGGCUGAAUAUGAAUUUGACUCUCCAUAUUGGGAUGACAUCUCUGAGUCUGCUAAAGACUUUAUACGGAACUUGAUGGAGAAAGACCCUAACAAAAGAUACACCUGUGAGCAGGCUGCCCGGCACCCAUGGAUUGCUGGUGACACCGCCCUCAGUAAAAAUAUCCAUGAGUCAGUCAGCGCUCAGAUCCGAAAGAACUUCGCAAAAAGCAAAUGGAGACAAGCGUUCAACGCCACAGCAGUAGUGAGACACAUGAGAAGGUUACAUCUCGGCAGUAGCCUGGACAGUUCAAACGCAGGUGUGUCAAACACCCUCAGCCUGACCAACCCACGAUCCGACGGAACAGCCAGGAAAGAUUGUAUGUCCCCAUCCACUCUCUGUAGUUUUGUUUCAUCUGCUUCUUCAGGCAUUUCUGCAGUAGGAGGAGAACGGAGACCCAGACCGACCACAGUAACAACAGUGCACACAGGCAGCAAGUGACCAGCGAAGGAGCGUAGAGACAGAAGCGGCAUGUGGGCAGGCAUAUCUACUCCGAGCGAUCUCAUCUUGCAUUGUGCACUCAGCGAAGGACUAGAAGAAAGAAGAUUUUUUUAUGGCCAUAUUUUAUACUGCAAUUCUGAAAUGUUUCAUUUAUCACAAACUGCAAUGACUCCGUGGGGGGAUGGAUCUUUACAGUCUCUGGUGCUGUAUAUAUGAGUCUAGCAAUGUUAAACCUAAUGGACACUCAUUCUUUUCUCCAGUGAUUUACUCUCUUCUUAGUGUAGGUAACAGUAUCUGUUGUAUUUUUUUUAAACUAAAAAGUCUCAACUGGAUUAUUUAAAUAGAGAGGAUUUUUGAGCAUUCGUUUUUUUUUUCUUUUAACCAGUACUUCCAGUCACAUCCCUCCUUCCCAUUUGUUGAGGGAUAGGUAAUUUGUGUAGGUAAAAAAGUAUAUUAACCUUACCAAACCGGGGGGUUUCCAAGGCAUGCCAUUUCUAAUACUAGGACUGGGUUUGGCAGCACUGUUAUUUCUUAUACAAAACCAAACUGCUUUCCCUCCCCUUCUUCUUACAGUAAGGACAGCCACAUUGCAGUGAGUUCAAUGGGGAGAAUUCUUCCUGUUUUGACCCACUCCAUGCCUGCUCUUAGCCCACAGCAAUCAGAAACUAAACUAUGGUACUUUAGCCUUGCUUGACUGAGGGGCAAUUUGGUCUGAUUUAUUUUCACUUACUGUAAAGUAAGAGCAGUUGAUGUAUUAUACGCCCCCGCUCCCUUUUAACUCACUGUAAUUUGUUCAUGUCUGUGGAGACCAUGCUGAAGGUUAGUGGCAACCAACUGGAAAACAGCUCCUCAAUGGCCUGAUUCAGCAUGUAGUGUUGUGAACCUGCAGCAUCCAUAGACUUCAGCAGGAGAGGCAGGUACACGGUGCCAUUCAGGAACAGACCUCAGUUCAGCAAAGGGAAUGAUGUGAGGUCUAAGCCUGCAGCUCUUACUCCUUUGAGCAGUCCUGAUACUGCGUGGUUAUCCCAUUCGAAGGCCCUGUGCUCUGCCAGCAGGGCGUGCAGAACCUGAGUUCUGUUCCCAUCUCUGCUACUGACUCAUUUUUCUUUCCUUGGGAAACUUAUAGCCAAAUCUUCAAAUGUGGCCACUGGCUUUUUUAGUGUCUCCAGACAUUGGGGCACCAAAAGUCAAAAUCCACUUCACAACAUUUUGGCCUUAGUUUCUCUGUCCCUCAGUUUCCCCUGUUGGAAAAUGGGGAUAAUGAUCUGUACCCAACUCUGUUGAGAUUCUCAUAUCCAACAUGAAAGAUGUAUAAGUAUUAUUAAUUCUUAUGAGGACUAAGGGCUGCAGGAUCAGACUAAAAAAUCAGCAGAGCGGAGCUGCAGAGGGCAGGUCUCUGAAAUGACACGAGCACACUCAAGGUGUCAUAAAGAUGCUCCCACUUAAAAAAUAUGCCCACACCCCUAGUUCACGUAUCAAAGCAGAAUCUCCUGGUCUUGGCUGUUGAAGUACAUGCAUUUCCCAUGUCCAGUUUCCAGUAAAAAAAUCACACACAGGGCCACUGUUACUAAUCUACAGUAAGUGCUUGAACAUCCUAGACAACAGUGUUCAGAGAUCACAGCACUGGCAAGGUUUGCAAGUCAUGUCCAGAUCUCUAACAGGUCAUUCCCAAAAUUUAGUCCUAUGAAAAAGGCAGAAGGUAGCUUCAUGAGGAACAGGCACAUUUUAAGUCAACCUUCCCAGCCCUGUUCACCCCAAACCGAUCUAUCUCCACGUACUAUGUGGAGGUAUGAAUCAUUUUUCUUUAAACUGUUGGUUUGCCAUAUUCAUGUUACUUACCUUCUAUAAUGAAAUGAAAAAGCCAGUUACAGAUACAUCUGAAUGUAUCCUGGUGCAAUGAGCAUGCUAUGAAAAGCCAUGAGAUGCCCACUUUUCACUGAGACAUCAAAGGCAUUGAUUGAUAUUCUGUUCCUGGGCUUGGACUUGGGCUAUCCACUUCCGUGCAGCUAGGAUUUCGCACAUUGUUUUUGAAGCAUGAGAGGCAAGAAAACCAGGUUCAUAGAUUUCAUAGACAUUAGGGCUGGAAGGGACCUCGAGAGAUCGAGUCCAGCCCACUGCACCAAGGGCAGGAAGUCAGCUAGAGUCAAAGGAUCCCAGCAAGAUAAGCGUCCAAACGCUUCUUAAAGGAGUCCAGAGUAGGUGUUUGCACCACCUCCGGCGGCCGUCUAUUCCAGGCCUUGGGGGCUUGGACAGUAAAGAAGUUUUUCCUUAUGCCCAGCCUAAAACGGACUUGAAGGAGUUAGUGACCAUUGAACCUUGUCAUCCCUCGGGGCGCUCUGGUGAUCAAAAAUGGGGUGGUACUUAGUGCUGACUCUCUACAAAUUGGUCAUUUCGUUAGUGGCCCAUAAAAAGAUUGCCUCUAAUAGAUUUCAGUUUCCUCAGUAUAAAUCCAUUCAUGAUUUUCAGCAAGAUUUGGAGCAUGACUUAAUCAGUCACCUCCAGGAAGUCCAAGGAGCUCCGUGUCAUAUUACACCGAGCACAGACAUUCAGUCCAUAAUGAUAACAUAGACUCCAUGAAACAUUAGUGCUCAGUACACUUUCCAGCUUGGCUAUCCAACACUCCCGUGUAUUACCUUGUUAAGCCCUACAGAUCUGCCCAGUAUACCACAUAAACAUGCCAGGUCACCAGCUGGUAAAACUUGUGAGUAGGUCAGCUGGAUCAACUGAGCUGUUUUGGUGUUCACCAGCUGGCCCAGUAUGUUCCAGUGACAUGCCCGAGUUGUGAUAUUCAUGCCAAGAAGGUGUUAUGACUCUGUACUUAUAGUAAAUUCAAAAAGCCAUAGCUGUUCAUUUUUUAGUUAAAAUGUCUUGUACUGGUCUCAGUGAAGUUAGUGGUAAGACUCCUGUUAACUCCCAUUGUCUUACUAAAUCUUGACACAGUUCUUUCUUUAGAUCAAAUAAAAGCCCUGUAGGUUAAGGCAAGGCCAUUGCAGAAGAAGACAUUUUUCAUUUGAUUUGGGUCAACUCCCUGGCACUGUCCAAUAGGUCAACACCGCCUCGAUGCAAAAUAGUCGUAUGAUUUCAUUGAGCAAUGGCUGUCUCAUUAGGGGCUUUGAAUUAGAUUUGUCUUACUACUGCUGGUAUUCUACUAGCAUGGGCAACUUUAUCAGCACUCUAGUUAGACUAAUACCUGUUAGCGGUUUCCAAAGAGAAGGAAUACGAGUAAUUAAAAGCAAAAUGUUUCUUCCUGCCAGAAUUAUUUUGUGUAUCAAAAAGCGUGGCUGGGGUUUUGGCAGGUGCUUGUGCGGAAGAGAGAGCAGAAAUGUUUACUGUCGUCAGUCCUCCUUGUAUCUGCUCCUUUUCUUAGUCAAAUCUUUUCAGUUAUAACCAGACAAAUCUAUAAGUGGCUGGAAAGUAACAGCUUGCCAAUUAAGAUCUAAACCAGUAUUAAAAUGAAUGCAAAAGCCAGCAAUAUGUAAACGAUGAAGGGGGAUGAAAACUCCCCACAAAACAGGAAAAUACCAAAACAAGUCCACAAGGCGUCUUGCCAUGGACAUGUGGAUAAAGCCCUGCUGGUUGCUCUCUAAAGGGUAAAAUAUUAAUGGUGCAUUCAUCGCAUAGGAUCCCCAUCCAUCGGUUAUGCUUUUCUGCUGUAUUUACUUUAAUGGAUCCUGCCCCCAUCGUGUUUCUGAUGUGUAAUGUUUUUCCUGGAUUCCCUCGUUCUCGGUCUUUGCCUGUCACCUUGAUGGUUGAAUUUUUACCUCCAGAGUCGCAGAUGUUCGAUGCCAAUGCCAAUUCUCUUGUCGGAAAAAAUAAAAUCCCAGCAAACCUUGUAAAGACAAGAGUCUGCCUGGGAUCCUUCCGAGACUGAAUGUCAGUUCUCCAGAGUCAGGAGCCUAAACUGCUGACUUGGCAUUUGACUUUUUUCCUAGUGCAUCCUGAGUGUCCCACUGGAUCACCUCCUGCAACACAAACUGGAUACUGACCUUACAGCACUGCUAGCAGGGAAGUCGGGAGAUGGCAGAACAUGGACAACGAUGCUCUGUUGAGACUGUAUUAUUGCUGCGGAGCUCACGUCUCUCCUGCACUAGCUGCUGUUGUGAAGGUGCCAUCAAAAUCAUGGGGUCAGAAAAAAAAAGCUUGAUGAUUUCACCCACUUCUGGUGUGUCUGGAGCUGAAAUGAAAUAAGAAUGGACUGCUGUUUGUUCCUGAUAAGGAUUACGUGACAAUAAAAUACCUGGAAAAGUGACGAGAGCAAGGAUAAUUCUUUUAAGUGGUUCUGAAAAUAGAAACUAUUCAGCACUGAAGCCAGCUUAAAAAGAAAUGAGGAAUACCCUCUGGGCCGGUAUUUUCUGGGCUCCCCGUGCUAUUGUUGACAAGAGUCGUAUCUAAUCCAAGCUUUUGUGCUUCACAGAUCUUUCUUCGCUCUCUCCUGCCUCAUCCUUCAGUAACAACAUAAUCUUGUGAUUAAGGCAUCAUUCUCAGUUGCCAUGAUAGUCAUUGUGAUGUCAUAAGUGAAGUGUUAGAAACCAAAACUGGAUGCCAGCUUGAUAGAAAAUAGCCAAGCUCCCCAAGGGAUACAAGGGGUAGAGAUGCAGAGGAAAAUGUUUUACCCUCACACGUCUUGGAGCUGUCCCAUAGCCAGGCUAAGCAGCCUCGAGCUAAGUUACUCCAUUGGGGAGAAUGGCAGAUGGGUUUGUAUCAUCACAGAGCAACAACCUUAUACUUGACUUUCAUGCCCAGCAGAGCCCUUGGCAAACUACAGUGCAUGGUAUCGAUCACAUCCUUCCUUCUUGCUGAGGGCCUUCCAUGCCAGCAGAGGAUAGGAUGUUGACCCUUGAACUGCACCGUGGGCUGAAGUAGAAAGAAAGGAUGAGGCACAAGGAAACCAGCCUCUGCUCUAGCUCAAAUAGCUAAGUCAUUAGCCAGCAGUGAGGAUAUCCUGAAGAGGAGCAAUUGAGGAAGUUGAGUUAUAAUUGUCAGAUACAGUGAAACCUAUGGCAGGGUUUCCACCUCCUUCCAUCUCUUGUCCCUGGCAGAGCUGCAUGAAUCCUGCAGCAUGUAUGGGCUGAAGUUGCAAGCAGACACGCGUUGGAAGUUUGUGUUUGCUCUCAGCAGAUAGUCCCGGGGCUUCCUGCCCAGACAGAGUCCACUGAAGCCUUAAUUCAGCAAAGUACAUAAACACAUAACUUGAGAAGCCCCCCUUGACUUUACCAGGAUUACUGGCUUUCUUGUUUAAGUACGUGCUUUGCUGAAUUGGGCCUAAGUGAACACCAGAGCGUAUUCCUAGGAAGAGAAUUUGGCCUUCGUUAGCCUGACUGUUCACACCAGAAAUCUGAUUUUGAAGAAUUAGCCUCAUGCAAGCAAGAAACACCCCAUGCGACUACCAUGUCCAGUCAAAGUAUAGCAGAGCAGAACGAUUGCUAAGGUGAAGAAUCAUCUGGCAAAGAAUUUCAAAUAAUGGAUAAAUAAGGAAAUAAUUGCAAGCUGCUUGUACACAUUUUGUGGCCAGAAAUUCACCUGGUAAAGUAUUCAUUAUGGAUCAUUCACCCAGCAGUAGUUUUGCACUUCCCCUUUUUUUUUAAAUUAUCCCAAAUUUCCAGUUUCUGUACGUGAUCCAUGUCAGGUACGCGACGUGUGCAUUUAUUCCUUUGGCGAUCACCUAACACAAAUUUCACUGAUAUUUGACAGUUUACCCCAGGAUGUCAGUUCCUCUUCAAAUUUCACGCUGGACCGAACAUGUAUCAACCGGACCUGUCAUUAAGAAUAAGACCCUCUUAGUCACAGAAAUGAUUUUUCAGGACCUCUGCAAAAGAAGCAGGUGAUCAGAGCGUUUGCUUUUGUUUUCUAGGAGUGAGUAACAAGGUUAAAUGAACAGCUCCAACAUUGCUCCGUGCAAACAGGGCACAGGCACUCUUAAGUGUGGUGAAAACUAUUGCUGAACUAAUGAUGACAUCAAGCUUGUCCAAUAAAUGCAUGAUACUGCGCUGCAUGUGUUGAACUGUGCUGUUUCUACACUUCCCAGAGCUUUCCUUUAAGCCCGUUCUGACCCAGCCCCCUGAGGUUUGUAUCCAGCUCAGUUUUGAAAUGCCUGUGUUUAUCUGGAACGCGUUGUUACCUUGUGCUAAAUGCUAACGCUGGUGUUUUGUAUACAACCACUGCAAAGCCUGAGAAUGUAUCUUGUUCUCUGAUUGGAUGCCAUGCAGCUCUUAUGGGAAGACCCGCUAUUUAGAGGGACUCACGCCUAUGCAGCAGUCUUAUGCAUGUCAAGGUAUGGGGAAAUAAAAGGGAUUCUCCCCAGAAAAGGAUUUUUAAGAAUUGCACUUGCAGUUAAACCCCUUUGCCAGGGUCUGCUCUACCCUGAGGCUAGCCAAGGCUGCAUGUUAAUAUAGCUGGUUUUUAUUUUUUUACUUAUAAGAGAACAUCAAGCCUCAAACUGGCUCCGUCUGUUCAUAUAAUUUCUCCUUUUCCUACAAACUCUUGGGAAUUUGUCUUUUUGCACAUCUGCUGCAGAAUGCCCUGUAUCUUUGGUACCCAAAUGCUGUGAGCAUUUCGAGCUCUGCAAGUGGACCGAGCUAAUUGUGGGGUAUCUCAAAUGUGUGUGAUUUCCAAAGUAUCACGGGCCAGAUCACCCCAUUGUGUUUUUUGCUUCAAUUUGCAUUUAACCUUUCAUGGUCCCUGCGAUCCCGCCAGCAUUCAUCCUCAAAAGGGUCAACCUUAUUUUUCUUACUGCACGGGAACGAUUCUUCUGUUUGAUCGUCCCCUUGAAUCACUUUAUACAUGAUUAACCUUUCUGAGACGGGAUGAUGUUCUGAGUAACUUUGGAGCAAUCCCAUUCAACUUAUUCUUCGAGGUGAGAGAACGACGUGCCUGAUGGCUCUCGGUUUCUGUAGCAUGUAUUACAGAUCUGCAAAGGGAGCCAACUGAAAGAGCUAUGAAAUUCUUUUUCAAUCAGAAGAUGUGUUUGAUCAUUUCUUCACAGUCCAUUUCCCUGCAAAGAGCAUGGAAGCCUACACCCAACUGCGGUGUAGGAAAGGCAUAACUCCUUUCAGAGUCAUGCUUGGGACUUAGAGUUGUGCCCAAGAGCUUACCAGAACCUGACCAAGAAGGACAGAGUAGUAAGGGGGUAUGGCUUACCUUCUCCUAAGCCUCAGUUCUGCAAAGCACUUGGGCAUGUCUCCUUGAAAUCAAUAGAGCUCAUGUGUUCCUAAAGUUAAACACAAUUACAUGUAGAAUCAGGGCAGAAGGGAAACCGAGUCCUGCUGUCCUGUGUGUCCCCUGGGAGCCGUUGGGUGAAGUUCUCCCUUAGGAGGCCUCCUAAUGGCCCCCACAUUGCCUGUGCACACACAGUGAACACAGCCAAGCCUCACAAAGGCUGAAUCUUGCCUUCAGAGAGAAGCCAUGUCAGAAUUUACCAACCCGUGAUUCAUGUCCUGUUUUCGCAGCCCCGGUACCCUAAAUGUUUGAGCAGAAUAUCAAACCAGGUCAUUAGCUCCGAGAGAGAGUUAGCGUGUGACUUGUGUUUCUCUUCCAACAUGGACAGUAGCAUUCCACUAAGUGCUUGCUUCUCAUUGAGAAGCAACAUUUCAGUAAGUCUUGCUUUUUGUUAAAAAAAAUAUAUAUAUGUAUAUAUAUAUAUUUGAUUUGGGACAAAAACACCCAGGCCACCCAGAGCCAACAAACAAGAAUGAGUCCCCAAGAAGCACAUGGCUGCAAAACAUCUCUUAAUCUUUUAUUUUUUAACAAAGAUGCAAGCAUGGUUUAUAAACAAAGAAAAAAGCUUACCGUUUUAAUCCAGGAAUGUCAGUGUGCCUAAUAUUAUAGGUCUUGUGACUGAUAUAAUUUCAUAACAACAUCCUUAUCCAAAAGAAGGGAAAUUGUGUAUCUACUCCAUGCAUGUACUAAGGCAUUGCAAAAAGUUUAAUCUGCGUAAUGAGUUUGCGAUACUGCAAAUUGUUAAUGGGGCUACAUCGCAAAUGGUUCUCUGCCUUGACAAUCAUGUAUACAUAUCAAUAUUUCUAUCAUAAUGAUAAUUUGAAGGGACAACUACUUGUUUUCCUCCAAUAAAUCCAAUUAAAUCCA